UUGAGACGCUAAAGAAACUAACUUUGCCGAAAUUCUAGUUGGAAUCUCAGAUUUUAGAGAGGGAUUAGGCUUUUAUUAUAUCGAAUUUUGGUGGGGUUUGGAUUCCAAAAUGACUGUGGAGGAAGUUAGUGAUGGUUCUUCUGCGUGGAGUAGGGAUGAUGAUAUAGCCUUCGAGAGAGCUCUUGCUAGUUACACAGAUGAAUCCGAGGAAAAGUGGGAGAAGAUUGCUGCAGAUGUUCCGGGGAAAAGCGUUGAGCAGAUUAAAGAACACUACGAGCUUUUAGUUGAGGAUGUUAGUAAUAUCGAAUCAGGAUGCGUCCCACUUCCUUCCUACGGUUCUCCUCAGGGAGGAUCAACUGGUGGUGGUGGUGAUGAUGGAGGAAGUACUAAGAAAGGAGGAGGAAAUGAGUCUAAUCAGGGAAGUAAAGCAAAGGCAGAUCAAGAACGGAGAAAGGGUAUUGCCUGGACCGAGGAUGAGCACAGGUUGUUUCUUCUUGGUUUGGAUAAGUACGGGAAAGGUGACUGGCGUAGCAUUUCUCGUAACUUCGUGGUGACAAGAACACCGACUCAAGUCGCUAGCCACGCUCAGAAGUACUUCAUUCGUCUGAACUCGAUGAACAAAGAGAGAAGACGAACGAGCAUUCACGACAUCACUAGUGUUGGUGACGCAGAUGUCUCAACGCCACAAGGACCGAUCACCGGUCAGAACAAUAACAACAACAACAACAACAACAACAACAACGGUUCUGCUUCUGCUGCUGCUGGUGUUGCUGGAGGAGGAGGAAACAAUCCAGCAAAGCAAGCCGCCUCUCAACCACCUCCUACGUACGGAACACCAAGCAUAGGUCAACCAGUAGUUGGAACACCUGUGAGCCUCCCAGCUCCACCUCACAUGGCUUUUGCUGCUCCAGUCCCUGGUGCACCAGUGAACAUGAGCCAGAUGCCGUACACCAUGCCGCGUACACCAACGGCUCAUAGGUAACGUCUGAGAGAAGAGAAUACCUUUUGUGAUAUGGGUAGUGCUCUUUAAGGUUUUAGGUAUAAGAAAAAAUAUGUGUAAAGAGGACUUGAGUGAAUAUAUUCAGACUUGUUCCUUUGAGUGGAUUUUUUCUGUUACUUUAGUUUGUGGGGAUUUUUUUUUGAAUAAGGUGUUUAAGAUCAUGUGAUUA